GUUCGCGCGAUCGCCGUCGGUGCCGACGCCAGGAUCCUCGAUCGAUCCCUCCCGGCCGACCGUGGAUCGAGCGGCGGAUGGCCCGAUCGCUUCCAGUCGACGAUCAUCCUCGGCGCGGUCGCGCAACGUUCGACAGACCGGUUGACGAUCCCCUCUAAUUGCGGUCUUAACGAUCGCUCGAAUAGCGAUUCCAGCUGCGGCACAGACGGAAGAUUUCGGAUCGACACUAAUUGACGACGGGUGCGUUCCUCGAUGGUGAUCGACCGUCGCAAACUGCAAACGAUCGAGCGAAUGAAGAACGGAUGACGAGAGAGGAUUUUCGCCGAGUAUGCGAUGAACAUAUAGGAUAAGAAGAAUAUUGUAGACGAUAAAAAGAAGGUAUUAUGCUCCGGUAGAAACGCAUAUUCAGUCACGGAAGAAAAACAGGAGAAAAACAUGAAGAGAGGAAAUCUCGGGUCGAGAAUCUCGUUGAGCGUCGUCGCGUUGUGAUUCAUUUACUACACGUGAGAAGAAUCGAUAGAAAAAAUGGUGUUCGACGCGAUGUGCGAGGAGCAGAGGAAGCAAUUUUUCAGACAGAGCUAUGGCUCUCAUUUACCCGGGUACACGGGUCAUUGUCCCACCCUCAAAUUUCGCGUUGGAAAGAGAUUCGGAGCGAGUACAGAAGAGAUAAUGAAGGAAUUAUUAGAAAAGAAGAUUCUUAAGACUGGACCAUAUAGACCAAAGUCCGGUAGAGAAGCCGAGUUACCAACUCUUCAAGAUAAAGAAAUUAGAAGAGAUUGGCCUAGCGAAACUGGAUCGUACAAGGCACCUCCGUAUAUUUUAGGAUAUACCG